AUGGCGACCCUCAGCGACGACGACAUUGAGAAGCUCUUCUCCGGAGCUCCUCAGUACUUUGCCCGCUCCGAGGGCCACUACACCGGCGCCCCUCACCCCUCCGUCGCCUUUCCCUGGGACGAGUCUCUAGAGAUUCGCGACUUGACCGACCAUGUCCAGAUCGAAGACGCCGCCUGGAGCUGCAUCACCGCAUGGCCUCAUAUCACCAGGGAUAUGAACAGCAACCCGGCCGCCAUCAAGUGCGCCCGAGAGCGGAAGCGAGCCCACUUCUACCCGCGAUGUCGAGAACGGCCUAAUAUGCUGAGCAUGCAGGGUUUGGAGAAGGGCACCAUGGGCUAUCAGGCAGCUCUGGAGCUCCCUGUCGGCGAUGCGCUUCAGGAAGAGCAGUUCGGUUUCGGCACCCUCGGGUCCAAGGCCAAUGCCAUCAUCGACGCCCGUCAGAAGCUGCUGGCCUCCAAGGAUGGUCUGCGACGCUUGGAGGAGUCGGGCAUCUUGGACCAGCUCAUUAAAAAUGGUGCCAGGUACAAGGAGAACAGAAUACACAGAAAGAUCCAUCACACCUUAUACAACGAAUUGUUCCUUGGUAUCUUGCACCCACCAACCCGAGUCGUCGAUCACCAGGACCCUUACAGCCUCUCCGUUCAGAUCCAGGCGCUAGUCAAGGUUCUUGCCGCGCCGAACGUCUGGAUCGACUUCUCGCAUGUCGAAUGGAGGAUUCGCCUUGGUCAGAUACUGUGGGGCUCCUUCGAAGGCGACGAACUGGAAACCGAAAAUGACAUUGACGAUGCCGAGACCAACGAGGAGCGCAAAGAGGAGAGAUAUUGGUUGCUGAUUCAGAUACUUCUCUCCUGCGAGCUUUUAAUAAGAUUAGACGCCAUCACCGAGGGCGAAGAAUUGGGCAUCGAGAGUAUUAGACCCGCUGAGAUACAUCGUUUCGAGAAGGACGCCAAUCAGUCGGUUAAGUGGUCACUACAUUUGGCACGGGCUUGGCUCGAGAAUAUCGAUAUUGUCGAGGCCAAGAUUGACCCGGCCAACGUGGGCCAGAAGCGCAACUCCGGAGGCUGGCUGGCUUCGUUGACCGGCAAGAUGAGCCUGCACCACAACAACCACACCAAUGCAGGGGACAGCAUGUCCAUCUAUACCAUUCAGGGGCGGUACAGCGAGAGGCAGGUCAACGGCCUGACGCACUUCGCGAGGAAACUCCGAUGGCCCGAUAUCGAUUCGGAAAAUUACGCAGAGCAGAUCGAAGAAACGGUUGGGAAGGUUUCCGAGGCAACGCCUAUUCACACGCCUUCAGAAACACCGUUGAGCAUCGAUACCCGGAGAUCGUCCUAUUUCGGCGGCGGCCGGGCUGAAGCAAGCGUCACCCGGCAUCCUUCGGGGAAGCGCAAGAUUUCCGCAGCCCUUCAUCCGUCUGGGUGGUUGUCCAAGUCGUAUGUCUCCGGGCUGAUGCUCCCGGGAGAAGGACUCUACCACUUGAUCAUGUCCACUUUGCUGGAGAACGACAAGGAGGCCAUGGAAAAGCUGGGGCCGAUGGCGAACCUGUGUGGUGGCUUCGUCUAUCGAGGGAAGAGCUUCUGGAGCACAGCUUGCAUCGUUGGCCGUGUCUUGGCGGCUGGUAAGGGCUCUGCUCAGUGCAUGGGCUGGAUUUCGAGCGAGAUCACGCCUCAAGGCCACGCUGAUGGUUGGAUCAACAUUGACGUGGCGGAUGUUUCCGCGGAUAUGAAGAAGACCGGCAGACAAGCGAGACUUUGGGGUAAGACACACGUUGAGCGGGAGUCUUGCGUGCUAGGAGACGCAGACCCCAGUUCGGUGUUGCCCGCAGACUUCAUCAUCCCUUACGAGAACAACUACGUCGAGCCACCACCCAGCUUGAGUACUGAGCUAGUGUCGCUCAACCUCUUUGCUCCUGUGGAUUCGGUCCAUACCACGCCGACGGAGGAAAUUUUGACUCCUCUCACUGAUGUGACAAGAGCUUCGGAGAUCCACACUUACCCGGCUUCGAUCUCGUUUUCCGUCGGCCCCAACGGCGGCGAGGCCAAGCAGUACAACUUGGCAUUGUCGAACGACAUUCACUUUGUCACGGCGCAUCCAUGUGCUCCGUCGUCUCACGUGAAGGUGAUGAGAUCACCUUCAAGCCCAACAAUCCAGCAGAUCGAUGUGGACGGCACCGGCAUCGGGGGCAAGAGCUCCAGCCCUGCCACCAUCACGGGACAUCCCCUGCACAAGAUGUUCACCUACACCGUAAUCCACCUCUCCGAGCUCCUCGACAAGCAGGAUGCCUCCCUAGAAGACCUCCUCCAGAACACGGCCUCCGUCCGACGCCCCUCCCUCACCCCCACGACCAACGCCAACACGGCGCCCCGCGUCCUGGUCAUCGACUGCAUCACGGGAAUCGCACGCCAGGCCCCGACGCAGGAGACGCCCACCUCGCCCAUUCUCGAGCGCACCGCCAACGGCGCCAGCCUCGCGGCGGCCAAGAUGCACCUCGAGUCCCGCCGCCGCCAGUUCGGGAGCGACAUGGAGAUCCUCGUCCGCGCUUUCUGCGCAGAGAAGGGCUGGAACGCCAUCAUCUCGCGCCGCCGCCGGGGAUGCCUCGCCUGCGCCAUCAGAGAGGCCGGGGCGCUGGCGUGGAAGGUCAUCAUUCGUGUUGACUGA